AUGGGAUUUCUCCAUGUUGGUCAGGCUGGUCUAGAACUCCCAACCUCAGGUGAUGCGCCCGCCUCGGCCUCCCAAAGUGCUGGGAUUACCGGUGUGAGCCACUGCACUUGGCCUCUCUGUUUUCAAGGAUUGACUUCUAAAGACUUGGUACGUGAGGAAAAAACAGGGAAGAGGAAAGCAAGGUCAGGGAUGGCUCUUCCUCAGAAAUGCCUGGACCCUGCUCAGAGGACUCUAUACAGAGACGUGAUGUUGGAGAAUUAUAGGAACCUGGUCUCCCUGGCUAUCUCUUCCAAAUGCAUGAUGAAGAUGUUCUCAUCAACAGGGCAAGGCAAUACAGAAGUGAUCCACACAGGGACAUUGCAAAGACAAGCAAGUCAUCACAUUGGAGAUAUUUGCUUCCAGGAAAUUGGGAAAGAUAUUCAUGACUUUGUGUUUCAGUGGCAAGAAAAUGAAACAAAUGGCCAUGAAGCACUAAUGCCAAAAAUAAAAAUGUUGAUGAGUAGUACAGACCGAUAUGAUCAAAGGCUUGCUGGAAAUAAGCCUAUUAAAGAUCAGCUUAGAUCAAGCUUUCAUUCUCAUCUGCCUGAACUGCACAUAUUUCAGCCUGAAGGGAAAAUUGGCAAUCAAGUUGAGAAGCCUAUCAAUGAUGCUUUCUCAGUUUCAGCAUCCCAAAGAAUUUCCUGUAGGCCCAAAACCCAUAUUUCUAAUAAGUAUGGGAAGAAUUUCCUUCUUUCUUCAUUCCUCAUAGAAAAACAGGAAAUACACAUGAGAGAAAAAUCUUUCCAAUGUAAUGAGAGUGGCAAAGCCUUUAAUCAUAGCUCACUCUUUAAAAAACAUCAGAUAAUCCAUUUAGGAGACAAACAAUAUAAGUGUGAUGUAUGUGGCAAGGUCUUUCAUCAGAAGCGAUACCUUGCAUGCCAUCAUAGAUGUCACACUGGUGAGAAACCUUACAAGUGUAAUGAGUGUGGCAAGACCUUCAGGCAGAAUUCAGGCCUCUUAAUUCACAAGGCAAUUCAUACUGGAGAGAAACCUUACAAGUGUAAUGAAUGUGGCAAGGUUUUUAAUCAACAAUCAAACCUUACACGUCAUCAUAGACUUCAUACUGGAGAGAAACCUUACAAAUGUGAAGAAUGUGACAAAGUUUUCAGUCGCAAAUCACAUCUUGAAAGACAUAGGAGAAUUCAUACUGGAGAGAAACCAUACAAAUGUAAGGUUUGUGACAAGGCUUUCAGACGUGAUUCACACCUGGCACAACAUACUGUAAUUCACACUGGAAAGAAACCUUACAAGUGUAAUGAGUGUGGCAAGACCUUCGUUCAAAAUUCAUCUCUUGUAAUGCAUAAAGUCCUUCAUACUGGAGAGAAACCUUACAAGUGUAAUGAAUGUGGCAAGGUUUUUAAUCGAAAAUCAAACCUUGAAUGUCAUCAUAGACUUCAUACAGGACAGAAACCUUACAAAUGUGAUGAUUAUGGCAAGGUCUUCAGUCGAGCUUUAUCUUUUGCAAAACAUAGGAGAAUUCAUACAGGAGAGAAACCUCACAAAUAUGAUGAUUGUGGCAUAGUCUUUACUUCACGUUCACACCACAUUAGAUAUCAGAGGGUCCAUACUGGACAGAAAGUUUACAAAUGUCAUAUGUGUGACAAGGUCUUCAGUCUGAGGUCAAUCCUUGCAGAACAUCAGAAAAUUCAUUUUUCAGAUAAUUGUUCCAAAUACAGUGACUAUAGAAAAUCAUAAAGCUUUAAUUGACAUUAGAGCCAAUUAGGCAUUGACUUGAGAUUGAGUUGACUUAACAUUGAGUUUAAGCCUUAAUUGACAUUAAAGUGUUUAUGUUAAGAAGAUUGGGCUAUGUGGGGUGGCUGACGCCUGUAAUCCCAACGCUUUGGGAGGCCAAGGCAGGAGGAUCGCUUGAGCCCAGGUGUUCGAAAUCAGCCUGGGCAACAUAGUGAGACCUCGUCUCUACUUAAAAUCAAAAAAAAUCUGCCAGGUGUGGUGGUCCACGCCCGUGGUCCCAGUUGCUUGGGGCGCUGAGGUG